AUGGCAGGUGACUCUCAGUUUCCAGAUGUGGACACUGAUGUCUCAGAAAGGAAUGAAGAGACGGAGAUUGUAGUCAAUGUCGGUGGGGUGAGGCAGGUGUUCUACGGAGAUAACCUGAAUCAGUACCCAGAAACGCGGCUGGCAGAGCUGAUCAACUGCUUAUCAGGGGGAUACGAUAGCAUAUUCUCCCUCUGCGAUGACUAUGAUCCCGGAAAGAGGGAGUUUUACUUUGACAGAGAUCCAGAUGCUUUCAAAUGCAUUAUCGACGUGUACUACUUUGGGGAAAUUCACAUGAAGAAAGGAAUAUGCCCCAUCUGCUUCAAGAACGAGAUGGAAUUUUGGAAAGUGGAUCUUAAAUUUUUGGAUGACUGCUGCAAAACCCAUCUGAGUGAAAAAAAGGAGGAACUGGAGGAAAUAGCCCGAAGAGUGCAACUGAUUCUGGAUGACUUGGGAGUAGAUGCCUCCGAAAGUCGCUGGAAAAGAUGUCAAAAAUACAUCUGGAAAUUCUUGGAGAAGCCAGAAUCGUCCUACCCGGCUCGAGUGAUUGCCGUUCUGUCCUUUCUGUUUAUUUUGAUCUCCUCUGUUGUGAUGUGUGUGGGGACCAUCCCAGACAUGCAGGUCACAGAUGCAGAGGGGAAUCGUGUGGAGCACCCGACCCUGGACAGCAUAGAGACAGCCUGUAUAGGCUGGUUUACCAUGGAGUACGUGCUGAGGCUCAUCUCCUCGCCAAAUAAACUCCAUUUCGCUCUGUCUUUCAUGAACAUAGUCGAUGUGCUGGCAAUACUCCCUUUCUAUGUGAGCCUCACCUUGACCCACCUGGGAGCCAAGCUGAUGGAGCUGAGCAACGUCCAGCAGGCUGUCCAGGCGCUGCGCAUCAUGAGGAUUGCGAGGAUUUUCAAGCUUGCACGGCAUUCCUCGGGGCUCCAGACUCUGACCUAUGCUCUGAAACGCAGCUUUAAGGAGCUAGGACUGCUCCUCAUGUACCUAGCUGUUGGGAUCUUUGUCUUUUCUGCCCUGGGUUAUACCAUGGAGCAAAGUCACCCUGAAACCUUAUUUAAAAGCAUCCCUCAGUCAUUUUGGUGGGCAAUCAUUACCAUGACCACAGUUGGGUAUGGAGACAUAUACCCUAAAACAACACUAGGGAAACUGAAUGCUGCCAUCAGUUUUCUUUGCGGGGUGAUAGCCAUUGCCCUUCCCAUCCACCCCAUCAUUAACAACUUUGUCAGGUAUUACAACAAACAGAGGGUUUUAGAAACAGCUGCCAAGCACGAAUUGGAGCUGAUGGAGCUAAACUCGGCCGAGGGGAAAGCUGCAAGCUCCAAAAGCGAAUUUGAAGGUCUUGUGAGGGAGGACAAGGAGGGUCCUUUUUAUAGCAGCAGGCUAAAAGUCUCCCACAGCGACACCUUUAUUCAUCUCCUGUCAGAAGAGAAACACUAUAGGACCAGGCUUCAAAGCUGCAAAUAAACUGUGAGCUGUUGUCAGCGCUAAGCUCUGGACGGGGACAACCUGACGAUCAGCUACGGAAAGGACGCGAGGGAUCUGUCAGAGUUGGGAGGGAGCACUGCUUU